UUUACGGACGUGCGAUUGCUUCUUUUGUAAUUCGAGUCAGCGACUUCUAGUCACUCAUGCGCUCGUAUUCUAUUUGUGCAUUUAGGAACGCACGUCGUCUGGAGAGGGGUCUCCUUGAGGGUGCACGUCUUAACGCGCGCAGGCUAAUGGCUAGAGUGGUAACCUGCGCGCGUUAAGAGGAACUCCGAGUAUACAUGUGUACAGUACUCGGCAAUAUGCCAGGAUGACAACACAGGGCUUUGUCAACAGAAUGCAAGACGAAUUCGACGCCGGCCAAGAGUUUUCACAGCAGCAGAAUCCUUUUACGGCCGUUAAGGUUCUCUCCGGCCACUCUGACAUUGUCAGGACGUUGACAAGACUCGAUGAAAAGAGCUUCGUCUCUUAUGGUGAUGAUGGAAAGAUACUAGUUUGGGACAUAGAAUCAGGCAGCUGUGUGCACGCUCUAGAGACUAAGAGCCGGAGAGUCACGUGCGCCUUACUGCUACAGCUGGAUGAUAGGAUUCUUCUCACAGCAUCUUCAGACAAGACAAUACGAGUUUGGCAUUCAGAAAGCGGAUCAUUGAAGAAGGAGAUAAAAGAACAUGGCAGCUCGGUCAGAUGUUUGGUUGCCAUACUGUAUAAUGAUGUCCAGUAUUUUUGCUCGGGAGGCGACGAUUUGUGUCUGUGGAGCAAGGAGGGCGACCUACUUCACAAACUUCAUCCGACGAAUGAUGACUCUUGUAUACACACACUGCUGGCUGUGAGAAACGGUCGUCUCAUUGCUGCUACAAACAGUCUGAGUCUGGACGGUUAUCAGUUGGUCAUCAACGACGAAAAGCCGAGUUUAGAGUCGUAUAUAAAGAAAAUGCCUUCUCAUCGUGAUGCAAUUCGCUGUCUCAUUCCCAUUGGUGAGGCCAUGUUUGCAUCGGGGUCUCUCGACGGUGCCAUCUAUUUUUGGUCAAGUCACACCAUUACUGUUGCAAGGAAAUUAAAUCAGCACGAAAACUACUAUGAUUACGAAAAUAAAUUGUACCGAUUUUCUGUCAACCAGCUCAUUUCUUGUGGUGAGUAUGUCUUCGCUGCUGUUGGUAAUGGAUUUCAGGUGUUCAGUAGUAGUCAACCGGAGAAAACGGCCUUAUUGAUUGACCAGCAGCAUGCGCACAAGACGGCAGUCAAUAGUCUAGCAUAUAACGAAUUGAGAAACAUUGUAAUCACGUGUUCUCAAGAUGCGAGAAUACGACUGUGGGAAGUAGACAUUGAAGCGAUUUUGAGAGCGCAAACACAACGAAAGAAUUUCAUGCCGCCGGUGUCUAAAUAUGCGUCUUUUAUUGGUGAACUGAUGGGUCACAGUGGUGGCGUUUUAUCUGUAAUCAGCUUCAGGGUUGAUGGAUUCGCAUCGUGCGGUGAUGAUGCUCUCGUUCUCUUGUGGAAGGAAGGAGCAAGAGAGACAAGGAAGAGACUGGAGCUCCUUCAACACAAAACUCAUGAACAAUGUGAAGUUUUAACUGCACUGAUGAUGAACGAUGGAUUUAAAACGUGAACAAUUUGAAUCUAGACAGGCCUUGCUAUUUUCUUGCUGUGAUAUUUUUAUAAACAAAUUUGACUACAGUAGCCUA